CUUUCGAAAUCAAUCCACCGCCUGUUGAUGUGACUGUUGGGGAUGACAUCAUAUCUUCACGUGAGGAUGGAGAAGGAUUAUGGGUUGAUAUGGAUUGAUAUCAAUAUUAACCCAUAAUCGAUAUUCGCAUUGAUACGCGAUGUAAUGGUACGUUCUUUAUGGAUGAUCCAAAUUUGAAUUUGGACCUCUUCGGUCAAUCUGUUGCUGAGGACAGCGAAGAUGAUGUACAACAAGAUCACCAAGAAGAAGAGGGGAAUGAAUCAGGCCCCGGUGUACGUGGUAAAUAUAUUGGUAGAGAGAUGAUAAAGAUGAGGAGCGACGGGAAGAAGAAGGAAGUCGAGUACAACUCAUGGGGUCAAGCUAUUAGUGAUGGUGCAAACAAACUUCAUAGUGAGAUUGGUAAAUAUGUUCGCCACCACGUUACAUUGCUUGUGGAUGAUUGGCGACUUAUAUCGAAAGAAGUGAAAGAUAAGUUGUGGAAUGAAAUGCUGAGUAUGUUUAUAACUGGCACAAAGACGAAAUCCUAUGUGUUGUCAGUUGGUGGUGAUAGGUGGAGGGAAUUUAAAUCCUACCUAACAAACUUCAUCUACACACACAAAGAUGACAAUCCACAACUUUUAGACAAGCCCCCAAAGCUUUAUGAAAAUGUGAUUGACCCUGAAGAGUGGAAAGCAUUUGUUGACUAUAGAUUAAGUGAAGAAUGGCUUGUAAAACGAAAGUCAGCACAAAGCAGCAGGAAACAAAACAAAUACAACCACCGCACUGGACGAGGUGGUGUUAGGAAGGUCCGAGAGAAGAUGGAGAAAGAAUUGGGUCACCAGAUAGAUGACGUUGAUCGAGCUGAUUUGUGGAUCAACAUGUACAAGAACAAGAAGGGUGAGUUUGAUGUCGAGACACAAAAAGUCGUGGAUAAAAUUAAUGACCUUAAAAAGCAGGUCGAAGAGGGAACACUAGUACUCGAAGGCUCUAAGGAUAUUCUGACCCUUGCGCUUGGCACAAAUGAACACGGUGGACGUGUUAGAGGCAUGGGGAGGAACUUCACCCAGACACAAUAUUUUAAGACCCCACGCCCUACCAAAAAGAUACAAUCAACAAUUGAUGACAAUCGAAUGACUGAGGUGGAGAAGAGACUUCAAGAGACUGAUGAAAUGUAUCGCCAAACUCAACAACAAUUAAAGGAACUUCUCCAACAAUUGAACACUCAACAUAGCAACGUGGUUGGGACUUCACAUGCAUCUGGUUCGGGUAUAGGAGGAGCAUCAAAUGAACAAGUGAAUAUUUCACUGCAGAGUGUCUCUGCUCAACCACGAGUGCCACCACCGAAUGUCUUUGCCCGACCAGUAGCACCACCACUUAGUGUAUCUAAUCUACCAUCAGUGCCACUUCCUCCAAAUGUCUCUGCUCCACCGACACCACCACCAGAUACAACAAUGUCUGAGAAGAAAGCAAAGUGUUCGAUGUACUUGGUUACCAAACAACCCAAAAAUAGUACUAAGUGUGUUGCAAAGGGGUAUUUGGUGAUAGAAAAUGUGACCACCUUGGAAUUACAUAAUGAAAAGUUUGACCCAAAGCGCUUUUGUCGAGUCUUCAUUGAAGAAGUUUUUUACGAAAAUGCAAGGCUCCCAUGCCCUGUCACACAAGAAAGCCUCACCACCGUAGGCGAAGUGGUGAAUUCCUAUGUAGCCUGGCCAAUUCCACUUGUCAAGAUUGAUGGUGUACACCAGACACAGGAGAAGGGCAAGAAGAGGGAUUAUGACAGUAAUAUGGUUGGUCCACCGACUCAACCUUUGAAACACCCUCGAAGGCCAGAUAAGCUUCCAAUAUCUCGUUAUACUCCGCCAGAGAAAAGUGUCACAUUGAGUUUGCUAGAGAUGAUGGUCGAGCAGUGGCCAAAGGAAAAGAAUGUCCUUGAAGUUGACAUUGGUGAGGAUGUGUUCGGGGUAGAGCACAAAACAUACUUAUCAAAAAACGACAUACUUGACAUUUGCAAUCUCAAAUGGAUUGGAUCUGUUCCAAUGUCUGUGUGGUGCAGGUAUGAAAGUUGA